GACAGAAGAGGAAAGGGGAACAGCUGAGAGACCAGACAACCUAAACACAGACAUCUUAGCAUUUCUAAACGAUAAUUUGACAAAAACACAAUAACUUUAGACAGAAGUUGAAUAGGGCCCAUGAUUAGAAAUUUUGAAUUUCAAUUGAAGAUUAAAUGUGAGGUGUUUUUUCAAUUCGCGAACGAAACAGUUUUUAAUUUGUAUCUCAACAACACAGUGACGUCAUGUGAUAUUCAAUGCAUUUUCAUGAGUAUUAUGAUUGAAGAAACCCGAAUUCGGUGGGCAUCAACCAACGUCCUUCGAUCAAUUAAAUUCCAUCAAAAGUGGUUUGCUCAAUGAUGAAUUAUUCAGUAGGGAACAGUCUUCUGGCCCCUACUCCGAACGCUUUCAGGGUGCUGCCAAGAGACAACAAUAUUUCUCAUAUACUCAAUGAGAAUAACAAUGAUCGCAUGAUGAUGAACGAAAAUAAUAAAAUUCAGGAAAUAUGGAAUCAGCAUAUAUUCAAGCCUGAAAAGGUGGAACAAGCUCUCAAUCAAAACGAUAUAAGGGUCAGCAGUUGGAUAAACGAAAACAUAUCUGAACCCCAAGAGAAUCAAUUCGAAGAAAGGUUGAUUGAAAUGAGAGUCAAUGAAGAACAUUCAACAGAACCAUUGGAAUCUCCCAAGGAAGAUCAGAACGGUUCGCCUUCGCAUCAUGCCCGCAGACCAAUGAAUGCCUUUUUAAUAUUUUGUAAGAAGCACAGACCAAUAGUGAGGGGAAGGUUUCCGAAUCUUGAAAACCGUGGUGUUACUAAAAUUUUGGGGGAAUGGUGGUCCCUGUUGGAGGAAGGAGACAAAACUCCUUUCACUAAUUUAGCAAAUGAGUAUAAAGAUGCCUUUUUGACUGCAAACCCCGACUUCAAAUGGUAUAAGUUACCUGCUCCGCCGCUCAGAACUCUAUCAGUCAGACCACCAACUUCAAUUACAAAGUUACCUUCGCCUCAGUCAAGUCCUAGUCACGCUAGUCUCCAAAAUUUUAAUGAAUUCAACCCCGGUAAGUUGGCAGACGAGUCUCAGCUGGGAAGCCUGACCACACUUAUGAACAAUAAUUUCUCGUCUGCUAGCACCACAGUUCAUUGCUGCGAAAACAGAAAGAAUACAAGUGUUGAUUCAACACUUGAGCUGGAAAAGAACAACAAUGAAAUAGAACGAUGUGAUACUUCUCUACAAAGUCCUGUCAAUUUAAUAAAAGCAGCCAUUCUACCUCCAAAGCCGAUUAAAAAGCGGAUAUUCCAACAAAAUAGCAAUACCAAAGAAAUUUCUAGAAAUGUUAUACAAACUGAAGACAACGAAAACUAUAAUAAUAUCCAACCACAACUCCAAAAUGAACAGGAGAAUAGUAUGACUAAUCAGGAUAUAGUCAAUAAAGUUGUAGAUAAAAUGCUUGUCUAUGCCGAAUCUAAUAUUUUUGAUAUGGAGAGAGAGAACACCAGAAAAUCAGGAAGACAAUGCAAAGGAAAAAGAUACGAAAAAUUUAUGGUCGAAGGAAAAUUAUUAGGUAACAAAAAGGGACCCAAAUUGACUCAAAACAAAUUGUUGGACAUAUCUCUCUCAGAAAAAACCGUGCCUGAAUGUAAAACAGAAACACCAAAUCUCGAGAACACCAUUAGGCGUUUAGCAGAACGUACAAAACUAUCCAUUGUACAAAACGAAGAAGAAGAUGUGCUACUUUUUGCACAAAAAGAGGACCGCUGUGGUUUCGGAUCAUCGGAACUGCCUUCGAGUUCAAAUUUUAAUCUCGACUCAAAAAUCGAACAUCUUCCAUGUCUUAGUUACGAUGCCUUUGUUCAUAAGAAGCGCGAAAGCAAGAAAAGAAAAUUACGUAAAUUUUGUGGCGACACUCAGAGGAAUGGAGAGAAAAAAGUUAAAAAGGAGGAACCUAUAGUGGGUUCCAAGAAGAGGAAGAACAAACACAGCAUUACCCAUCUGGAGAAAAAACAUAGUACAGAUUUCGUUAUUGACCUUGCAGGACUGGCCACGCUGGCCGAGGUUGCGUCCAAUACUCAGAAAAUUGACGAAACUUGAAAAUCUCAUUUAGUAUUAUGCCAUUAUGUUAUUUCGUACUUUCAGUAUUUUAGCAGAUGUUCUGAUUUUCAAUUGAAAUAUCUGUUUUCAGCGUUUUCUUCUCUGAGAACUCCAUUUAUGCUUGUGAAAAAUAACACAACAUCACAUUGAUAUAUAAGGCUACAAUUGUUGCAAUUCAUAUUUACGGUAAAAAGACUUGAAAGAUUGCGAGUAGUUAGCGGCGUGUAAAAAUCGGUAAUUUUUUUAUUUUUCAAUUCGUGAAAUAUUUUCCUGAAAAUAUUCAUUACACACUUAUCUUCGAGAGCAUAUUUUGAGAAUAUUUUUUUAAGUUUCACACUUGAUUCGUGUAUAAUAAGAGCCCUCAAUUAAUUCUAGAAUUCGUUGACGACUAAUGAAAACCUAAAAAAUCUAUUUUUGAAAAUCUUCCAUAAAAAUGGACAAAAGCAUUCAAGCUGAGUCAUAAUUCGAUGUGAAUUUCAGUUAAGCUCAACCUAAUUAGAAAUAAAAUAAUUUCUUGCGCAUUUUUCCAAAUUGUCUCCAAAAAUAUACAAAAGUGAAAAGCUUGAAUACCUAUACCUUAAAAACUGGCUAUAGAAACUAUUGUUUAUAAGAAUAAUUUUCAGUUCGGAUGGGAUGUUGCACGGAAGUUAUUAUAUAAAAUUAUUCAUUCUUGAUUAUUAGUAGAAUGUUUUUAUUUUUGAAGAAAAUUUAAUAGAUCAAUAAAUAUUUUCAGUACUCUUCAUGUUUGCAAUAUUUAAUACACAAAACUAUGAAUUUAUCCAAGAAGUUUUUGACGAGCAAGCAUUAAUCAUUAUUGUAUUGAAUAUUAGCGCAAACUUUUCUUCGAUAACUAAAGCUGAGAUAAUUUAAUUGUAUUAUUUUCAUUUUCGAGUGUUCUAAAAAAUGCUCAGAAUUAUUUUCAUUUCCACACUCAGUAAAAGUAAUGUGAAUACUUCAUUCAGAACAAGAUUCGUGAAGUUUUCUUAUAUACAUAUUUAAAAUGCAUAUCUGAAGAAAUAUCUCAUCAGAAAAACCUAAAGUUUAAUCAUGUUUUGCGAUAUUGAUAAUUCAAUUGAGGAACAUCGGUAAGCCAAAAUAUUUCUUUGCAGAAUACUAGGAUAACUUGAAAUAUAUAAAAGUAAAAAGAUUUUGUUACAAAAAAUCCCUUACACUUUGAGGGAGUAGGUAUUCAUUAAGUUUAUGAAAAAAAUGUAGAGUUGAAAAUUCCUGCUUAUAGUCUAACAAAUGUUUUCCAUCAGAGAUAUAUGAAAAUCAACAAAAAAAUUGAAUUUUGAAAUUAGAAUUAAUUUUUUAAUUCAGUUACGUCCUGAAAUAUAUAUGAUAGUUUUAAUAUUGAUUUUUUUAAUUCUUUAGAUAUUAAUUGUUGUGUCCAUGGCAAGUUUAAUAUGAUACAAAAUGAAAUUGAAUUAUUAGUUUCAAAAAUUAACUUGCCAAGAUACUUGAGCCUAUAUUGUUACAUGUUAAAGUUUUAAUAUUUUAACUUAUAUUAAACCAAAUGUUAUUUUUAUUAAGUGUUGUGUAUAGUUUUAAGAAAUGCAAUAUAUUCCCAAAAAACAUAUAUGAUUGAUUAUUGACUAGUUUUAAGGAAGCAUACUUCUUCCGUUAGUUUAACAGUUAUGAAGAAACAAUUGCUUUUUUCUUAUCUUAGCAUUAGAGGUGAACGAAAUAUUUUUGAAAUUUUAAAAUGUUCUAAGGAGCAAAUUUUUCCAUACUUACAAAUGUAGGUACUAAAAAUGACCAAAAAAAUUAUAUUAAGCCUUAUAGUUGUAGCAAUUAUCAUGAAUCAUUAUAAAUAUUGCAUGAAACAAGAAUCAUAUUGACCAAUGGGUUGAGAAUAGUCAAAAAAGUGGAAUUGCUAGAGUCUUGUGGUGAUUAUAAGGAUGUGAUACUAUUUUUCUAUAGAAUGCAAAGAGGAAGAGUUGAAGAUUUAUUUAUGAAAUGUUUGUAUAGAUUGUGCCUUUUAUUUAUUUAUAUGAAAUUAUACUGAAAAUAUAUGCCUUGUAGAGGUUAUCUGUAUGAAUUUUAAUAAAAAUUUAUUAUCUACUACAUAUUACCUAGUUUUCA